GCUGCAGCCACUGACCUUUCUGCAGAACAAAUAGCCCAGUGGCAGCUGACCAUCGCCCGAAAACGAAGGGAGAAACAUGAGUAUAUAGCAGAUGGACACAUGCAUCGCCAUGAAGCGUACCGUUGUAUGAAAAAGUUGCCCAUGGCGCUUCUGAGCCUUCGGUUUGCCGCUGCGCCUGCGCCCGUCGCCUCUCCGCCGGCGCGACGGGCACGAGCUGCCACGUCGUUCCGCGCCUCCGCGUCCCCUUCUCCGGCAGUCGGCCGCCGCCGCCCGCAGAACGUCCCCGGCGACUUCUUCGUCGAUCACCGAUGCAUCGAUUGCCAGGCCUGCCGCUGGAUGGCUCCGGAGGUGUUCAAGAGGAUUGACGGAAAAGCCGCGGUGGCCGCGCAGCCCGUCUCGGAGGAGGAUAGGAUCAAGGCGCUGCAGGCUCUGCUCUCCUGCCCUACUGCCUCCAUUCACACCGAGAAACCUGCAAAAGAAAUUCUUCAAGUGCAAAACAUGUUCCCGCUCCCCAUCGACACUGAUCUUCUCCCUGGUGUUUAUCUUUGUGGCUAUCAUUCUCAAGAUUCAUUUGGAGCAACGUCUUAUCUUAUAACCCACCCAGAUGGGAACAUACUGGUUGACAGCCCAAGGUAUACAGCAGAACUGGCAAAUAACAUCGAAAAACUUGGUGGAGCACGCUACAUGUUUUUGACCCACAUGGAUGAUGUAGCGGAUCAUAGGAAGUGGGCUGAGCGGCUAAAAUGUGAGAGGAUCAUCCAUUCAGACGAGGUAGAGAGUGUUACUGCAGAUGUUGAGUGGAAACUUACUGGAAAUGGCCCAUGGAACAUUGGAGCUGAUUUCGAACUUAUCCAUACCCCAGGCCAUACCCAAGGCUCGGUCUGCUUGUUCUACAAACCAGUAAAGGUGCUUUUCACUGGAGACCAUGUUGCAAAAUCAGAAGAAUCUGAUGAUUUAUAUCUCUUUCUUAUGUACAACAGGCAGCCAGUGAGCUUGCAACUGGACAGCAUGAGAAAAUUAUUGAAGUUAGACUUCGAAUGGUUUUUACCUGGUCAUGGCCACAGAAUCCAUUAUAAAGAUGUACAUGCUAAGGAUUCAGCUAUCGAGUCCCUGAUAGCUAACUACACAAGCUAGAAGUAUCUUAUAAUUUUCUCUACCUACAGUGCUUAUAAAUAAUACAAGCUAGGAGCAUCUUAUAAUUCUCUCUACCUUCAGUGUUUAUAAAUAAUGAUCGGUUCUGGAAUAAAGGGGCCAAGAGGAAAUGUAAAACUAUUCCGUCAACAAAAGUGGCACUUCAUGCCCUUGGAAGAUGAUGCUACCGUUGUAGCCUUUUAUCGCACCGCCACAUACUUUUGUAACUUGUAGACGGUAUCUCUCCUUAUGUGGCUAGAAUCCAAUGCUUCAGUAUAUGUACGAUGUACUAGGAUGUAUCAAGUCGAAAUAUGAUGUAUCAAAUCGAAAUUUGGGGUACAAGAACAUGUAACUUAUAGGGAUAUCCUUGUUUAUUACAACAUGAAUUCAGUAACUGUAGCAUAUCUAAUUUAGUCCCAAAAAAUGUUUCUUGGCUCUUAUUUUUCAGAAACAUCUGU